UCGAUUCGUCAAGAUAUCUAAACUUACGCAUGUCUUGAGAUUUGGUGGGCGGCUCCGCUCUGCCUGUUUUUGUCGCUCCGACGAGAUCGGCAUCCCGUGGCGAUGCCGUGGGCAUCGGGCGACGCCAUCCCUUUCCGCAGAUCGACGGAACCCCGAUGUUUAUAAUUGAACUGGAGCCAUCCCCUCCCGCCCUAUUCUUAUCAUCCUCGUCGCCGGAGGAAACCAUGCAAUCGCUUCUACCCAAUGGCAUCUCAAUCGCGCGGAUCAUCUACUGUCGCUCGCCGCUCUGUUUCUCAGCCUUCCAUUCCACUCCCGUCGCCGCUGCCAAACGGAAGUCUAAAUGGGAUUGUAAGGCUGACAAAUAUGGGCCCAAGCCAUCAAAGUCAUAUAUCAGAUAUGCUGUUCGCCAAAAGCGUGCUGAAAUAAAGAAAGCUCUUAAAGUUUAUCUCUUUUAUGGAAAAACAUCCAAGCUGAACUUUCAGGAUGAAAGCUUCCGUGAUUUUAUAGGUGGAGCUAGAGAAACUUUUAACACUGAAAACGGUGCUUAUGAUUUUGAUGCCACUUCAACAUCUGGAAGUGGAAGAAAAGUCAACUUUCACAGUUCGUCAUGCAGUGGGAAAUGCAAGCAUGGAAGGAGCAAAGGCAGACAGAAGGGUUUUUAUGAUGAACACUAUCGUGAACAUCCUGAGACGAUCUACGAAGCUGACUUUGGUCGAUUCAGAGGUUUUAGCUGGUCACAGGAGGCAUGGGAAAAUUUUCAUUUUAAUAAAUCAGGGAAGCAAUUUGAAUGGAAGGAUGAAUCCAAGCGGGAGAGAACUAGGAGUGCAUGGAGUGGAAGUGAUGAUGACGAUGAGUCAACUGAUGUAGGCUUACACUUGCAUAGGGUUACUCUUGGGUUACCACCAACUGGCCCAUUGAAGUUAGUUGAUGUCAAAAGCGCUUUUAGGGUUUCAGCUCUGAAGUGGCAUCCUGACAAGCAUCAAGGCCCUUCACAGGCUAAAGCAGCUGAGAAAUUCAAGCUGUGUGUAGACGCAUACAAUUCUCUGUGCAGCGUCCUCAAGGCCACUUGAGCUGGGACGACAUUGGAUUUAUUUAUGUUUCGACUCAGAUGGAGUUGGAGCAUCAUGAUUAAACUUCAUUUUUUUCUCCUUAAAUAUUGAUUCUUUUUCAUAAGCUGUAACUUAAAUUCAUGCCCAAUGAAUAUCUAUAACCCUUGUUUUCUGUCCAAGAAUCACAACCUAACCUUCUCAAA